CUCUAAUCACACACAUGGUCUAUUGGUCCAUGUAGACGUCAGUCAGAGGAUGCUUCUCUCUCUUCCUGUGUUACCGCCCUUGGACCGAAUGAGAAAUCAUCCAGUGAAGACGUCGGAUUCAUUGGCAGGACUUGAUAUUUAGAACUCAUCAGCCCCAGGUAGCCUCUCACUGAUCUGGAACAGUGUGUCUAAGAAGAAGCAGUGUGGCUGUUGUCUGCUGUUCUCCCCUGCUUACCAAGCUAUAGCCAGCACCAAUGGCAUUGUCAUACAAGAAGGACCUAGAUAAGUACAAGGAUCUUGAUGAAGAUGAGAUCCUCAACAAACUUUCAGCAGAGGAGCUCAAGCAGCUGGAGUCUGCCCUUGAGGAGAUGGAUCCUGAGAAUGCUCUGCUCCCAGCGGGUUUACGCCAGAAGGACCAGACAGCUAAGGAAGCUACAGGACCAUUCGACAGAGAGCGACUCCUUAAAUACUUAGAGAAGGAAGCCAUGGAGUACAAGGACAGAGAGGACAUAGUACCUUUCACUGGGGAGAAAAAAGGUAAAAUAUUUGUCCCUAAGCAGAAACCAAUUGAUUCACUCAAGGAGGAGGUCACAACCCUUGAACCGGAGUUAGAGGAAGCCCUGACCAGUGCCACAGAUGGAGAACUGUGUGAUCUAGCAGCAAUCCUCGGUGUUCAUGCUUUGGCCACCAGUAGGCAGACAUAUGAUGGUACAGGAACUAAAGAGGGUUAUAACAAUGUGAUUAAAGGAGAGAAGAUGAACCCAGUGUUUGAUGAGCCUCCCAAUCCCACAAAUGUAGAAGAAACUCUACAGAGAAUAAAAAACAAUGACACCUCCUUAACAGAGGUCAACCUCAACAACAUUAAGAACGUUCCCAUUCCCACACUGAAGGACUUUGCCAAAGCCAUGGAGAAGAACACACAUGUCCAGAAGUUCAGUCUUGCAGCAACGCGGAGUAAUGACCCAAUAGCUAUGGCGUUCAGUGAGAUGCUGCGGGUGAACAAGACGUUGCGAAGUUUGAACUUGGAGUCCAACUUUAUUACGGGUGCAGGGGUCCAGGCUUUAAUUCAUGCAUUGCAAGAAAAUGACACACUCACAGAGGUCAAGAUUGACAACCAGAGGCAGCAGUUGGGUACUAAUGUAGAGAUGGAAAUAGCUAAAAUGUUGGAGCAGAACACCAGCAUAGUGAAGUUUGGCUACCACUUCACUCAACAAGGUCCUCGCUCCAGGGCAGCUGCAGCCAUCACAAAGAACAACGACCUGGUUCGCAGGAAGCGAGUGGAAGGGGACCUGUAGGAUCGCAGCCCCGCUUCCCCCCAGCCAAUCCAACUGCUUCAUCUCACCAUGUGGAAUAAUUUCAGCCAAUGUCCUGGUCUCAUCUCACUGAGUGGAAACUUUUGUCUUGUGCCAAACUGUGGGCAAGGCGCGCUUAACCAGAAUAUACAUCUGAGAAGAAAGGGAUAUAACUGGAAUUGCCCUCUACAGUAUACAUGUUCAUACUUUUGUUUAUUAUAUUGUUAUUGAAGGUGUAAAUCUAAUUAGUUUCUCAUUUCAUUCCUGUUGCUCCUUGUUUGAGCAUUUACAUGAUCUGUCCACCCUUUUUGCUUUUUUCUUCUUUUGUACUAUGUCAUUACGCGUUAAAUAUACCUAAACAUUACCAAGUAACAAACAAAAAUAAUGAUGUGAAAAUAAUUAACUGUCCUCUACCACGCCAUCAUGUAUGCUAUUUCUUUGCUAUUUAGGCCUAAAACAGACGGGUUUAAAUUGUACUGAAUGGUCAGAAUUUUACAUUGGAGCUGAAAAAUAGUGACGCUUUUAUCUGCCUAAACUCUAACGUUAGAAAUUAACAUGUCAAUGUAAAGUUAGACAGAGCUGUUAAUAUUCCAUCUUAUUGGCAACUCAUACAUGGCCAAAGCGUAGCCAUAGUGACUUCUAAUGCUCUAUUAAAACAUGUCUGACUGUACUACUUGUUUUAAUCGGCACCAUGCAGUGGUUCUGACUCAUGGUUCCUAAUGUCACAGUAAAUGUCUGUUGUACAUUUCAUGGGCUGAGGUGUUGUUUAUUGCAGUUGCCUUGUAAAAGCCAGCUUGAAUGCUGUGCUGGUUUCUAUAAUAAUAUGUACAAAACGUUUUCUAGUGGGAGACGGCCUUGUACUGUGGGCGGCCUAAAUAAAUGAUAAUAGUUGCUUGACUGAAAUUUUUUUUUUUUUUUAAACUAAACACAUGCACCUGGCUCAGGCCCAUAUAAAGUAUAUACUGUAAGUAUCACUGGAUAAUGGUUAAUGUUGCUUUACUGUUGAUUCUAACUAAAGAUCUUUAACGGCGUUAAAUGUGAAAUUUGAUGUCCUUAUAUUUUGGCUCUAGUUAAAGCAAACUUGUUCUGUAAAGUGUAUGUUAAAGAGACCUAGAGUUGCUCCCCUGAAUCACGAUGUAAAUAACCUCUCAGCACUGGCUUUCUCUGAUGCAUAACCAUGCCAAAGACUAACACAUACAGUGCUUAAGACCUUUAGACCUAAUGUUCAGUGCUUCAGGUUUCUGCAUUUGGACAUUUUUAUAUUUCUUAUUUUCCUUGGCUUUCUUUUGGCCAUUAAAAGCAAUGUGUUCAGAAAAUACUUUGCAAUGUAGAGUUAAGAGUUGGCAGACCAUUUAAAAACUAAUUGUCAAGUGUUUCUGCAAGCUACAUGUGAGGUUGAAAGUUAUGUAUCGAGUUUAUGUUUCACUUUUCCCACUCCCUCACACGGACACCUUAACUUGUUUCUGAGUAGUAGCACGUCCUUCCGUUAUAUACCAGAUAGGACGACAAGCAUUGUGUGCCUAACACUGAACCUGCUGAAGAGGGAACUACAGGACAAAUUCAAGAAUUACUUGAAACUUGUAAAUACUGUUUAUUUGAAAUAGGAUCCAUAUGGUGGCAUGAAGUCAUUGCUUGUGGACAUCAUGUUUGUAAUAUCCAAAAUAUGUGUCUUUAACGGCCUCACCUUCUUCAACUAGAUCUUUAUGGCCAAGUUCCUUACUUUGGAUUUUAUGUCCGUAUACUUCCUCCACAAUCUUAUCUGUAAGUUUUCCUCCUUCAACCAUUUUGUUUUUACUUCACUGCGUUUUGCUGAUGGACAGUCGUUUAACAUGAAAUCUGCUUACUUGGGCUUGUUAAUAAUUUUUUGUGAUUCACUAUAUUGUAUGUACAAUAUAUUCAUUGUAAAAAUGCCAUCUCACUUUCAAAGUACACACUUUCUCUCUUUCUCAUGUGUGUACCACAUAUCUGCACAACUCACUGCUGAGAUUUUGUACUCUAAAAACGCAGCUGUAGAGUUAAUUUAAGAAAUCCAUUGCUAUUGUAAAUCCACAGGACUGGUGAAAUGCACUGCUGAAUAUAAGACUUCAACAAUAAAUGUUUUUACGUACAGUA